AUGCUUGGCACUCCUCUCGUGUCACUCGACUGGGCCACUCAUCCCGCCGCACCUCUUCCUUUCGGCGAACGUACUGGACAUAUUUUGGUAGAGGAAGUACCAUACAUUGAGAGAAAAAAGAUUCGUGUCUUCGUAUUGCAAAUCGCUUGCUACCCCACCGGUACGAGCCGACAAGAAAUCGUCACCACGUCACCCAACAACAGCAAAAAGCGCAAAGAGCCCGACACCACCAACAUCAUUGACGCCGAGCAGAGUGAUUCCAACAAUGACAUGAGUUUCGAAGACAUCAAGAAGGAAUUGCAAGAGACAAAGCACCAGCUGGCCCAAAAGGAGCAGGAACUUUUGGAUACCAAGAAGGAACUAGAGUUAGCACUCAAGGCAACUGCAGCAUCAAAAGAAGAGGAGGAAGACUUAAGCGAUGACGACGACGAAGACUCUGUCGAAAACGAAAAGGAUCCGUGGACAAAUCGAUUUAGGGAGCUGCGAGAGUAUCGUAUUGUUCACGGUGAUUGCAACGUAUCCAAGGAGAUGAACAAGAAGCUUGCCAAGUGGGCAACGAAUCAACGUCAAUUCUAUGCAGCCUUGAAGGAAGGCAAGUCCGGUACCAAGAUUUCGCAAGAGCGCAUCACCAAGUUGGAGGGUAUUGGGUUUUCCUGGGGAAGGAGGUACCCAGCACAGCCUACAUGGGACGAACAGUUGGAAGAGCUCCAAAAGUUUCAACGAGCCAUGGGCCAUUGCAACAUUAUGGUGAAUCCAACGAGUCCUUCUCAACUUGCCAAGUGGGUAACUACGCAACGAUAUGAGUACAAGCGGUUCCGAAAGGGCCGUGAUUCUCUGCUCCAGUUGGAGCAAAUUCAGCAGCUCAGAGACAUUGGCUUCAAGUGGAAGGGCCCCAAGUUGGCUUGA